CGCGGCGCAUUGUGGGAUCCCGGCGCCCGCGGCGCGGCGGAGGGCGCGGUUCGCGGUCAUGGGGUGGCAGCCGAGCCCAGUCCUGCUGGCCUCCCUGGGGGUGGGGCUGCUGACUCUGCUCGGCCUGGCUCUGGGCUCCUACCUGGUGCGGAGGUCCCGCCGGCCGCGGGUCACGCUCCUGGACCCCAAUGAGAAGUACCUGCUGCGACUGCUAGACAAGACGACCGUGAACCACAACACCAAGAGGUUCCGCUUUGCUCUCCCCACCGCCCACCACGUUCUGGGGCUGCCUGUGGGUAAACAUGUCUACCUCUCUGCCCGAAUCGAUGGCAGCCUGGUCAUCAGGCCAUACACUCCCGUCACCAGUGAUGAGGACCAAGGCUAUGUGGAUCUUGUCAUCAAGGUCUACCUGAAGGGUGUGCACCCCAAAUUUCCUGAGGGGGGCAAGAUGUCUCAGUACCUGAAUAACCUGAAGAUUGGGGACGUUGUGGAGUUUCGGGGGCCAAGUGGGUUGCUCACUUACGCCGGGAGAGGGAAGUUCAGCAUUCAGCCCAACAAAAAGUCUCCACCAGAACUGCGAGUGGCCAAGAAACUGGGAAUGAUUGCUGGUGGCACAGGAAUCACCCCCAUGCUGCAGCUGAUCCGGGCCAUCCUGAAAGACCCAGAAGAUCCAACCCAGUGCUUUCUGCUUUUUGCCAACCAGACUGAAAAGGACAUAAUCUUACGGGAGGACUUGGAGGAGCUGCAGGCCCAACACGCCAACCACUUUAGGCUCUGGUUCACUCUGGAUCACCCCCCAGAAGAUUGGGCCUACAGCAAGGGCUUUCUGUCUGCCGACAUGAUCCGGGAGCACCUGCCUGCCCCAGGGGAGGAUGUCCUGCUGCUGCUGUGUGGGCCACCCCCGAUGGUGCAGCUGGCCUGCCACCCCAACCUGGACAAACUAGGCUACUCGCAAAAGAUGCGAUUCACCUACUGAGCAUCACCACGCUUCCCGGGUCCCGUCGCCAGCAUCUGCCCCCAGUCGGCACUCAGAUACUCUCAACCUUAGAUGCCCUUCCCAACAGCGUCAGCCUUUUGGUCUUACUCUGGAGCUGAAAUCUGGAUGGCCCGUGUGGGAACAACAUCCUUAUAGCUAUGGAAGAGGGUCAAGGCCGAGUCAUUCCCUGGAAGGCCCCCCAGUCUCCCUGUGAUGAAACGUCCAGGUCAGGCUCAAGAGCAGACUCUUCCGUGGGUCAGCAAGAAGGAAGCAUGUACAUUUGUGCCAAGACUGGCCAAUUCCUUGAUGACAUCGCACUCUUAUUUGUGUCUGUGGUGAAAGCAUAACCUGUUUAAGGGUUUUAUUUAAUCUUUGGUGCAUAAUCCAUUGCAGACUGUGUGUGGGGGUGGGAAGGGGUGCAGACUUACAGAGCUAAUCUUUGAGGGACAGCAGGACAGGAGGAAAUGGUUUCUUCAGACCUCAGAGAAAGGAAUCUGAAAUAUGCAUUUGUGUCUCUGUCUCCCUCUGCCGGGGAGGGAGACUGGACGGAAAGGGCUCCCCAGGGUCUAAGACUGCUGCUGUGGCAGAAACCUGUGGCUUAUGCAAAUAAAUGGGGCUAAGGCCCUUGUGUUCUACCUAA